GAAAACUGGAGUUGAUAAUUAAUAAUAAUUAAAUUGUUAAUUACAUUUUAUUAAGCGUCACGUAAAAAAUCCUGCCUUUGGGAUUUCUCUCAUCUUCAUGAAACUCGUCUCAGUGGCUUUUCUUCUGGAAUGGUUUUGUCUCGGUGGGUUUCGUGGGAUGUAAGAACGGAACCUUGGUCUCCGAGAGCUGCUUGUCUGCGAAAUUUGAGUCAAACUAUGGUUGGACAAGGAGGUGCUCAGAAGUUAACUACAAAUGAUGCACUUGCAUACCUCAAGAAUGUGAAGGAUAAAUUCCAUGAUAACCGUGAGAAAUACGAUGAGUUUCUUGAGGUCAUGAAGGAUUUUAAAGCUCAGAGAAUCGAUACUGCUGGUGUCAUAGCAAGAGUGAAGGAACUCUUCAAGGGGCAUCGAGAGCUGAUUUUAGGGUUCAACACCUUCUUGCCAAAGGGUUUUGAGAUCACCCUCCUGCCCGAGGAUGGACAACCUCCACAGAAGAAACCUGUUGAGUUUGAAGAAGCAAUUAGUUUUGUCAACAAGAUCAAGACGAGGUUCCAGGGAGAUGAUCGUGUAUACAGAUCAUUUCUAGACAUUUUAAACAUGUAUAGAAAGGAAAACAAGUCCAUCACUGAGGUCUACCAGGAGGUGGCUACCCUUUUCCGGGAUCAUCAUGAUUUACUUGUCGAAUUUACUCAUUUUCUCCCCGAUACCUCAGCAACAGCCACUGCUCAUUCUGUUAAAAAUUCUGUGUCGCGUGACAGGGGCAUUUCUGUGCCCACAGUCCGCCAAAUGGCCUCUGACAAGAAGGAAAGGGACAUUACUUCACAUCCUGACCAUGAUGUCAGUGUUGAAGGCCCCGACCUUGCCCAUGAUAAAUCUCAAGUGAAAGAAAAUAAAGAGCAAAUGAGAUGUAAUGACAAAGAAAACGAGCAGAGGGAUGACAGAGACAGGAGAGAUAACCAAAGAGAUGAUGGAGAUUUUGAACAUGAUAGCCAGACACAGCAGUUUCCCAAAAACAAAAGGAAACUACCACUGAGGGGUGAUGAUUUGGCUGUACUUUCCUAUCAAGGUUACAGCCAAGAACUUGCAUUUGCCGAUAGAGUGAAGGACAAGCUACAUAAUUCUGACUACCAGGAAUUUUUAAGAUGCAUUAAUCUUUAUUCAAAGGAAAUAAUCAGCCAACCAGAGUUAAAAUCUUUGGUAGGAGAUUUAAUUGGAGCAUAUCCAGAUCUCAUGGAUGCCUUCAGAGAAUUUUUGGUGCUGUGUGAGAAGAAUGAAGGAUUGCUUUCUAGUAUUGUGACCAGGAAGUCCACGUGGAGUGUAGGCAAUUAUCCUCGAUCUACUAAGGUGGAAGACAAAGAUAGAGACCGAGAACAUGAGGGGGAUGAAAGGUAUAAAGAAAGAGACCAUGAGAGGGAGAGGCUUGAAAAAGUUGCAGUGAGUAACAAAUGGGCAAAACCUAUCAAUGAACUUGAUCUCUCGAACUGUGAACAGUGCACUCCUAGUUAUAGGCUACUUCCAAAGAAUUACCCAAUUCCUAUUGCAAGCCAGAGAACAGAGCUUGGUAGCCAGGUACUCAAUGAUCACUGGGUCUCAGUCACUUCAGGAAGCGAAGAUUAUUCAUUUAAACACAUGCGCAAGAACCAGUACGAGGAGAGCCGCUUCCGAUGUGAAGAUGACAGGUUUGAGCUGGACAUGUUGUUAGAGUCUGUGAACUCAACUACAAAGCGUGUGGAGGAACUAUUGGCAAAGUUUAACAGUAAUGAAUUGAAAACUGACAACCCCGUCCGUAUCGAGGAUCACCUCACAGCGCUGAACCUAAGAUGCAUAGAACGCCUAUACGGUGACCAUGGGCUCGAUGUGAUGGAUGUACUAAAGAAGAAUGCUUCUCUUGCUUUACCGGUGAUACUAACACGUCUGAAGCAGAAGCAAGAAGAUUGGGCGAGGUGUCGUUCUGAUUUUAACAAAGUCUGGGCUGAAAUAUAUGCCAAGAACUACCAUAAAUCACUUGAUCAUCGUAGUUUCUAUUUCAAACAGCAGGACUCGAAGAAUCUGAGCACGAAAGCAUUGAUCGCAGAGAUAAAAGAGAUCACUGAGAAGAAGCGAAAGGAUGAUGAUACGCUCCUUGCUAUUGCAGCAGGAAAUAAGAGAUCUAUUUCUCCCAAUCUGGAGUUUGAUUAUCCAGAUGCUGGUAUUCACGACGAUCUGUAUCAGCUGAUCAAGUAUUCAUGUGCUGAAAUGUGCUCAACUGAGCAGCUAGAUAAGGUAAUGAAGAUUUGGACAACCUUUUUGGAACCAAUGUUUGGUGCUCCUUCUCGCCCUCUGGGUGCAGAAGACAGAGAAGAUGUUGUCAACUCCAAGAACCAGAAUGUGAAAAGUGGUAACACAAGUGUUGGGGAGAGUGAGGGCAGUUCUCACAAUGGUGGACCGAGUGUUGUCCAUUCAAAUGUCCCCCGAAAAGCCAAUGAAAGUAAUGCAGUUGGGCAAUGUUGUAAUUCGGAGAAGGAUGUCUCUGCUUGCAAGACCUUCGAUGCUUUAUGUGAGUCUUCUCAGCAUGAACAAGCACAGAAGAAUGCAUCCGCAUCUGACGAAGGGCAUGAAACCAAAGAAGCUAUUUCUGUUGAGCAUAUACGCAAUUCAAACACAUCCACUGCAUAUGGAUUAUCAGACCUAAACAAUGAGAGGCCUAGCACAGGAAACAUGGCAGGGCUUAGCAAUACAAACCCCAGACCUAGCGGUGUCACCAGCGAAACUGAGACAGAAUUGAAGCCUAAUGACGGGAAUUCACCGAAAAUAGAGGCCGGUGAAACGAGGAACGAAAGAUGCAAUGAAGGAUUGGCUGAACAGUCCCAAGUUGAAAGAGAAGAGGGUGAACUUACUCCUAAUGGAGAUUUUGAGGAAGACAACUUUUCAGUUUUUGCAGAAACCAACAAGGUUAAGGAUAAUGUUGGAAAUAACUUAAACCGAACUGGGGAAGAGGAAGCAGCAUGUCAUGGGGAGACAGGUGCAGAGAAUGAAGCUGAUGCCGAUGAUGAAGGUGAAGAAAGUGCUCCGAGAUCAUCAGAGGAAAGCGGAAAUGCUUCCGAGAAUGGUGAUGUCUCUGGAACUGAGUCUGGUGAUGGUGAAGAUUGUUCUCGGGAAGAGCAUAGAGAUGAUGUAGAGCAUGAUAACAAGAUAGAAAGCGAAGGUGAGGCUGAAGGGAUGGCUGAUGCCCACGACGUUGAAGGAGAUGAUGGGUCAGUAUUACCCUUUUCAGAACGGUUCUUGUUACACGUGAAGCCGCUUGCAAAGCAUGUUCCUCCAUCAUCACAUGACAAGGGCAGGGAUUCUCUAAAGAACUCCCGGAUAUUUUAUGGGAAUGAUUCUUUUUAUGUGCUUUUCAGGCUUCACCAGAUGUUGUAUGAGAGAAUACUUUCUGCAAAGAUCAAUUCAUCAUCUGCAGAAAGGAGGUGGAGGGCCUUGAACACAGCAAACCAUGCUGAUCCCUACUCCAGCUUCAUGAAUGCCCUCUACAACUUGCUUGAUGGUACAUCUGAUAAUGCAAAAUUUGAGGAUGAUUGCCGUGCUAUUAUCGGAACACAUUCAUACGUUCUAUUUACGUUGGACAAACUAAUUUAUAAGCUCAUCAAGCAUCUCCAAGUAGUUGCAACUGAUGAGAUGGACCACAAGCUUCUACAGCUACAUGCAUAUGAGAAAUCCAGAAACCUCGAAAAAUUUCCUGAUGUUGUUUAUUACGAUAAUGCUCGUGUUCUCCUCCCCGAUGAAAAUAUUUACCGCAUCGAAUGCAAAUCGUCAACACCGAUGAAACUCUCGAUUCAGCUAAUGGACAAUGGAUUUGAUAAACGAGAGGUGACUACCAUAGUUAUGGAUCCGAGUUUUGCAGCUUAUCUCCACAAUGACUUCCUGGCUGAUGGACCAAACGGAAGAGACAAGACUGGGAUUUAUUUAAAGAGGAACAAGCGAAAAUUCGGCAGUAGCCAUGAUGAUGAUGGUGAGCUAUAUUCUAUGGAAGGAGGAGUUAUCAUUGUCAAUGGAUUAGAGUGUAAGAUGGCAUGCAGUUCUUCCAAGCAGGUCUCUUAUGUUUUAGACACGGAGGACUUGUUGCAUCGCUCCAAGAAGAGAAAACCCUCUGUCUCAGACCAAAGCUUCGGUUCAGCCCUCGGACAGGGCACAGUUUCCGGUUGUUCUGUAACUAGACAACGGCGGAUUCAGAGAUACCGAAAACUUCUCUCUGGACAGUGAAAUCCCUCUGGUUUCUCCAAGAAACGUGGAGUAUCUCCGCCAUUGAUGUCUCAGAUAGAUACCUUCUUCAGAAGAGAAGGAACAGAAAGGAAAGGCUCUCAAUGAUGAUGAUGAUGAUGAUGAUGAUGGAGAUGGUGAUGAUGAUAAUGAUGCUUCAGGUUUGCCUGAAGGAUAGAAUAAAGGGUGGAAGAAGAGCAAAGUAUUGAUGUGUAUACAGGACAGGAUCUUUGUAUGUUGUAACAUUGCCUUUAUUACUAUUCUUAUUGUUUCUAAUGUCUUUACAAGUACACGUCUCCAUGUUAGUGUCCAGUAUUAGAUUCCCCUGAUUUCAUUUCUAAUUAAAUAA